CUGUUCAGUUGGGAGUCUUUUUCCACAUUUCGGGCAACAUUCACAACGCUUUCGAAUUUUAAAAAAGAAUAAAUAUUCCAAGAUGUCUGAUAAGAAGGAAACCAAACUGUCCCUGGAGCCCUGCGACGGUAUCCUCUUUGAGGGACCUUUCAACCGUUCCGUCAACAAAAAGCUGGUCAUCGGGAAUCCCAGCAAGACCCAGAGGAUGGCCUUCAAGAUGAAGACCACCACCCCGAAGCUCUUUUUCGUGCGCCCCAACAUUGGAGUUCUGAAGCCCGGGGAGAAGGUCAACGUCGACAUCUUCAUGCAGCCAAUUCUCCAGGAGCCGGUACAGAAGCGCCACAAGUUCCUUAUCUUGGCGGCCGAGGCAACUGGCGAAAUGAGCGACAUGCAGGAGUUCUGGAAGCAACAGAAGCCGGAGGACAUCUGGGAAACCAAGAUCAGAUGCGAGCUGGUCCUUUCGAAGGAGGACCAGUUCCGCCAGGCGGGAGGUUCGGCUAGAUCCUCUGUGGACAACAAGGAGGGCGAGGACCAUUUUGAUGCCCAGGAGGUCAGCGAGCCGGUGGCCAAGUUGCUCAAGCAGGUCAGCAUGCUGGAGGACGAGCGUCUGGCCCUCAAGGAGGAGGUCGACACUUUGCGUGACCAGACGAUUGGUCCCGAUCCUGGCCAGCAAGUGAUGCAACGUGGUCGCCAAGGACGCAGCACUUUCUUCUACGUGGCCGCCUUUUUAUUCACCAUCCUGGCCGCCUUCGUAGGCGCCUUCUAUGGCAAGAAUUAUUUGUAAACAAUUCAUCAUGGCAAUUUUUAGGACCACGCCAGCGAAC